UUGGCUAAGUUGCGUUCUCUGUUUACUUUGCUUUUCUCUCUCGCGUAGUGCGAAUCGUAGGAACAACGGUGCGUGCAUGUUUGUGUUUUCUGUGCAGUACAGUAAUCCUUUUGGGGGAAAAGUUUUUUUUUGUUUUUAAAUCUCGCCUAAAAAGUUCGUACAACAAACUGUCUCGACACACAGAUCGGUGCUAACAGAUUGUUUCACUCAUAUGAAAAUCUUCUUCAACGCAACUUCCGUAGGCCGUCUCUUCGAGUUUUGUGGGGUAUAUCACACUUGUGUGCGGCCUGUCUGGAUAUAUCAACCAAAUUCUACACCAAAGGCAGGGUGGUUUUACCGAACGACAUCCGGUAACCGGAAGUUGUAGCGAGUGGUGAGCGGUCGAAUACGAAAUUGCCUAACGGCGUACAAAAUCGCCCUAACCUUCCUAAGGGAAAAUUCACAGUGUGCCAACGAAUAUUAUCGCCAAAAUUCCCGUUCGAAUCUAAGCAAGAAGUGACAGAGUGUGUACGAUGGCAGAAAACAAAGGAAUGUUGCUGGCAAAAUCCGUCCAGAAACAUGCUGGCCGCGCCAAGGAAAAGCUCCUACAAAAUCUCGGCAAAGUCGAUCGGACGGCAGAUGAAAUUUUCGACGAGCAUUUGACAAACUUUAACCGACAGCAUACCUGUGCCACUAGGCUGCAGAAAGAAUUCAGCAACUACAUCCGAUGUGUGCGUGCCGUACAAAAUGCCUCGAAAAGCCUAAUGGAUGCCAUAACCGAAGUAUACGAAAGCCAAUGGACCGGCUCUGAAGUGCUGUAUGGUCAGACCAAAACCAUCGAUACACAGUACCAGCAGUUUUCGUACAAGCUUGCCGAUCAGGUGCUGAAGCAGCUGGACACCUACGCGUUACAGUUUCCGGAAAUGAAGAAAAAAAUCGACAAACGUGGGCGUAAGCUGGUAGACUAUGAUAGCCAACGGCAUUCUUUCCAGAGCCUGCAAGCAAAUGCUGCCAAACGCAAGGAUGAUUUGAAGGUUACAAGAGGACGCGAACAGCUGGAGGAAGCAAAGAGCACAUACGAGGUGUUGAAUUCGGAGCUGCACGAUGAACUGCCGGCCCUGUACGACUCUAGAAUACUGUUCCUGGUAACGAACUUGCAGACGUUGUUCGCAUGCGAACAGCAGUUCCACAGCGAAACGUCCAAGGUGUACGCCGACCUGGAAGCGAUCGUCGACAAACUGGCCACUGAAUCCCAGCGCGGAUCUUACACGCUGAAGAAGAUCAAUGCUAACUCGAAUCCAUCUAGCCCCCAGCAGUCACCAGUGAAAGCGAAUUUAUCGAUCGUGAAUAAUGUCACUAACGGUUCAGCCAAUGCUAACGGACAUACCUCCGCACAAAAUGUGCUCCCGUCAGCGAGAACGCCAUCGCCCCGACCCGAACAACAGGAAGAUGACGAACCGUCCUAUCAGAACACGGAAGUGGUAAAGGCUGCUGCUGCCGCUGCUGCGAAAACUCCAACCACGAACGGUACGGCUUCCAGUAGCGCAAAGCAAGAACUGGAACUGAACGGCAAUGCGGGCCCAUCUGUACCGAAGGAAAAUGGCCACCAGGUGCCAGAGGUGGCGACGGAAAGCCCACCAUUGGCCACCACAAACGGUACGCUUCAUCCUCAUCCGCAGUCAUCCACUAAUCAGCUUCCACAACAAUCCGACCAAACGCACAACACGACCGUGAACGGUGGCAUCAACACCAUCAGCAGUAACGCUCGGAUGGUACCAGAAAAUGGGGUACCGGAACGAAAACUACCCACGAAUGCCACGGUGGCACCAACAACGGAUGUAACCGCUGCUGCUGCUGCUGAUGCUGUUGCUGCUAGUGCUAAUGCCGAUGCUGACAUUCCAACGCCCGCUACUACCGGCGCAGCUGUUUCACAAACAACUGCCGGAUUGCCGGUGCGAAUGGACAAGGUAACACAGACACCACCAGCUUACUUACCGGCGACACCGACGAUGCUGAUGGUGACACCCAAGUCUUCCACAACGCCAAUCCCAACAUUGCUGGCGGACGCUACUGGUGGUGGUCAUGGCAGUAGCAAUCUUUCUACCCACCAGCACCAGCACUUACCGUCCUAUCACUAUCACGCCACUAACGUAACGCUCAACAAUCUUAAUAACAAUACCGGUUACUCUAACACACGAUCGCCACUCUUGAUCGCACAAUAUCAACAGCCGCAUUUAAUCCGUGCUGGUUUAAACAAUAACACUCAAUCGGGACUUUUUUACGACGUUGUUCCGGUCGGUGCAACGACAGCGGAACUGCCGCCGGGCGUUUUGUAUCGCGUGAAAGCUACGUACAAAUAUGUGCGGGAAGACGUCGACGAGCUGAGCUUCGAGGUUGGCGAUGUCAUUAAUGUGGUCGAGUAUGAAGAUCCGGAAGAUCAGGAGGAAGGAUGGUUGAUGGGCACGAAGGAUGGCACAAAUGAAAAGGGCAUGUUCCCGGCCAACUUUACCAGGCCACUGUAAUGCAGCCGAGCACCCGUUGGGUCGGUCGGACUCGGAUUAGUUAGCAGCGUUUUAACCUUCGAUCCCGUAACCGUAAUUCUUUCCGAUCUGAGUCCAAAACAGUGGCCAGCUGAUUAUCUGCACACUCUCCCAAUCUCCCAGAGCCAACACAAGCAUGAGUGCCAAUCCCCGGAUCGCGUACUUCCUCCGUUAGGCAUUUGAAAAUUAGCAGGUCCACUCAAACACACAUACACACUGUUUGUCGUUUUAAUCGUUCUUGUAGCAUAGGAAAAAGGCUUCUCAUUUGUUCCAUAAAACAGGCGAAGGAAAUGUCCUCUCUCCAUCCCCUACCACCCCGAAAUCCCGAUAGCCGGUUAGACAUUCGUGAUUUGACAAUGUCAAAAGCGGAAAACGAGAAGCGUGCGCGAGAGAGCAAGAGUGAGAGAACAAAAAAAGGGAAUAGAUAGUCACAUCCCAGCUCAGAAGUUCAUUUUUGGAGGGUUAAUUUACUUCACGUUUCAGUAGCGUAAUGUGUGUUGACGUUGUAGCGUAUUUUAUUGGCGAAAAGCGAAACAGCGCCGGGAUUGCUGCAAACAGGCAUACACACGCACCACACCACAAACCACGUGGUUAGUAGUAGUGUAUGUCUCUAUAUGAGAAACACUAAUUGGUAGUAACAGCACCGUUUUUGUUUUGUUUUAUUUUUUACGAUCGAGAGAAUGAUGCAGAAACAUCUGAGAAAAGGUGUUUUUCCUGCCCAUCGCGGUAGGGUGAUCGUACUGCAUUACUAUUAACAGUUCUAAAAAAAAAACUAAUGCGACUACUAACCGUUUCUGCGGGGUGUGUCACCGUACGUGCGCGAGUCAUCAUCUAAUCAUUAUUAUCAUCAAUCGUGUUGCAUCAUGAUCACGGAACAUGCAACAAUUGUCACGAUCGAUUGCAUAGGAACUGCAAACUAAUGAAUAACGUGUGCCUUUUUUUAUUAAACAACAACAAACAAAGGAAGAAGCUAACGUACUGGUUCGGAAGCAAAAAAAAACAUACACACACACACAAACACAAACACACGCAAAAAUUGGGCAACUAACGAAUGUAUUCUUUUGUUUUUGUUUUAAGUAAGCUGUUAUCAUCUCGUUAUUUUAUGUUAUUAAAUUACAUUGUUAACGCAGUUGCUUCCAUUCUUUCUUUUGUUUGUUUGAUUGUAUGCAUCAUUUAUCUCCUUCUUUGCUGCAACAAGGGCGUAUUUCCGUCUUUUAACAGAUAGUUUUUUUUUGUUUAUUAUUAUUAUCUUUUUUUUUUGGGAAGAUAUAUUUCAUGUGCAUUGCAUGCAAAAUAAAUCCAACUGUUACAUCCUAACAAGUGAAUACGAUCGGUACGGAAAGAAUUGUACUGCAUGGUUUGGUCAGGAUGUUGUACACCAAGAGGUUUUCGUUUUGUGUAUUUAUGGUAGUAGAAGGCGAAAGGUUAGAUGAAUGGUAGUAGCGUAUACCAUCUACUCGAUGAACCGCUACUGGCAGUUAGAGACGUAAGCGAUGAACACAUUAUCGAGAGAAAGAAAUAAAUCAUUUUGUUUGCGAA